AACCACCUCAGGAGACCAUGAAUGUGAAGCUUAAUCAGUUGGCUUGGUAGCUGCCCAGAGCCUGGACAGAUGGCUUCCCUGGAGACCAGCGAGGACAUGGCUAGCAGGCAUCAUGCUUUUGGGGAUUACAUACUGGAAAGGUCUUGGAAAUCUUGCUUGGCCUAGAAGAAAUGUUGCUGUGGGAAGAUCUCCAGCAAGGCAUCUCCAUAAAUCUUUUCCUGUUUUCCUCUUGAAAUACGAAAUUUGGAAGAGUCAGGUCCACAAUCUGCAGGAGCUGCGGCGAAGUGCCUCGCUGGCCACCAAGGUCUUUAUCCAGAGAGACUACAGUGAUGGGACCAUCUGUCAGUUCCAGACCAAAUUCCCCCCAGAGCUGGAUAGCCGGAUUGAGCGGCAGCUCUUUGAGGAGACAGUGAAGACCCUCAACGGCUUCUACGCAGAGGCUGAGAAGAUUGGAGGCAGCUCCUACCUUGAGGGCUGCCUGGCCUGUGCCACGGCCUACUUCAUUUUCCUCUGCAUGGAGACGCACUACGAGAAGGUUCUCAAGAAGAUCUCCCGCUACAUCCAGGAGCAGAAUGAGAAGAUCUUUGCCCCUCGAGGCCUCCUGCUCACAGACCCGGUGGAGCGCGGGAUGAGGGUUGCAUUGUGCUUCGGGCCUCACGUGUUAUUUCAGCCCGUCCCCAGACAGCCUGAGACUCUGUUACUGCCACCACCAUCUUGCAGAGGCAAUCAUCCAUGGCUAACAAGUUAAAUGCCUGGUCUCAGGCCACAUCGCUACCGAGCAGGGAGUCAGGACUGAAGCCAGAGCACCGAAGCCCUCCCACUUGCCUGCAGUGAAACCAAGGGUCCUGGGGUUGGGUAAUUAGACCCCCUGGGGCGGAAGCUUCUGAUGGGGUGUGCGGCUGCCAGCUCGGCCCUCGGGCUGCUGUGGGGCUGCUGUGGGGCUGCUGCGGUCUUGCCCGGAGGGUGCGGGGGUGGGGGGUAUAGCUCGGCCUCCAGCUCCCCUGCAGGCCUCCGUCCGCAGGUCCGUCCGCCCCUUCUGGGCAGCUGGCCAGGGGUCCCUCCUUAACGCCGCCGCAGAUCGAGAUCUCCAUCUACGAGGACCGGUGCAGCAGCGGCAGCUCCAGCAGUGGCAGCAGCUCGGGCAGCGGCAGCAGCGGCGGGGGCGGCGGGGCGGGGGCCCGGUGACUGGCCGAGAGUCCCUGCAGGGAGGUGUACGGCCGGACUGAGGGCCUCUCAGACCUGCGGCGGCUGCGCUACCAGAGCACCCGCUUCUGAGUCAUUCUGUGCGCCCCGCUGCCCCCGGGGCGGAGGGAGGGUGACUGGCCCGGGGUCCCGCGGGGCUGUCUCCCGCGCCCCCUCCCGCAGUCGGCCCACUUCCUGCCCUGGCACUUUCCUCGGGGGUGGGGGGUAGGGGGCAGGACUGGUCCCUCCCCGCCAGAUCUUCCAGGGGAAGGCUGGGGCGGCGUGGGCAACACAAUUUGGACAGCCCCUUUCUUCUGCUGCUCUCCCAACACCCCGAAGGGGGGCUCAGGUCCCAGAGAGAAGUCCCACCCCGCAUGAUCCCUCACUCCAAAUCCCAUAUCCACCAGGACUCUCUCCCGCCAGGGUCCUGCUCCCCGUGGCUGUCUCCCAGUGUCUGCUCUUUCUGGUGCCACUGCAAGGGCUCUGCCUGUCUGUGAUCCUGCCUCCACGGAAUUCGAGGUCUGGGGAGAUGGGAGCCACUCAGUCCCCUCCUGACCCCUCCUACGCUCCUGGCUUCCCCUUCCUCCAUUCAAAGCCUGGAGGCCACGUUGGCCUUGUCAAGAGACACCCAACUCCUGAGAUUGUGCAGGACCCCAGGUGCUGGCUGUGGGGCACGCAGCGUGGGGCUCUGAGAGGUUAUAUGGGAGCCUAGAGAAAUGCAUCGUGGAGACAUGUAGCUUUGGGAGGUUUGAACCUCCACCACUGGAGCCAACUUCUCGAGAUUACAACCCGUGUGUAUGUGAGAAUGAGUGCACCAUGGGCAUGAAUGUGCGUGUGGGCGUGCAGGUGUGUGCAUGAGCACACACGUGGAUGCAUGUGUGUGAGUGCCCUUUGUGAGUGUGUGUGCACACGUGUGGGUGCACCUGUGUGUGAGUGCAUGUGUACGUGUAUAUGACCAUGCACUCGUCUGUUCCCUUUGGUUGCCAGGUUCCUUUGGUUGCCCUUCUCUGCAUCCUGUCUUCUUUGUAUGUGAUGGUCUGAGGCUGUUUCCCUGCAUGGGUCCAGCCUGUCCUUUGUAAAUAAAUGUCCUAAAGCUCCUUGCCCCUUGCCUGGGGCUGCCAGCUUGGCUCUUCUUCCUGGUCUCUCCCCCACCUGCAAAGUUCUCCCCACUGUGUACAUUCUAGCAGAAGAGACGUUGGGGGUCUGGGAGAGCAGAGCCAACCUUCUGGGGCCUUCUGUGUCCCUCUCCCAAACCCCCUGUGACAUGGCAACAGGACCACACAUGCUGCAUAUUCAGCCCACCCAAGCUCUGGAGCUCUCUAAGGCUGCAUGAGUGAGGCUUCCUUGGAUGUUCAAAGGAGGUGGCAGCCUGCAGGGGGAAAAGGCAAAUUCCUUUCUUGAAAGGGAAGAGAAGCACCCAGGCAAUGAGGCCCUGCCUGCCAAGGCCCAGGGUGGCCAGUGGGAAGGAAGCAGCCCUGUCCUGGUGCCCUGAUGAUGGACAGGGAAGGCUGCCUGCCUCAGCUGGCAGGAGGUGCUCAAAGUGCAGGUGAAAGACUAGACACUGCAGGUAGCUUUCUAGAACCAAAGAGGGGUCUGGUUUUCCUUUGGACAAAAGAAUGGCAUAGGCGAGGAAGGUGCCUACCCAGGAACUGAAGAGGGCAGCCUGGUCCCUGAACCUGAGUCGGGGGGUGGGGUGGGGUUGUCCUGGUGCAAGGAUCCCCCACAGAGGGUGGCAACCAGUGGGUUCCACGGCAGCCCCCUGACCCCUGGGCCUGGUCCGUGCUCACCCUGGCCCACUGUGUGGCUGGGCCUUAUGUCUGACCUGUGCCUCUCCUGUGGGAUGGCUGGGCACAGGUGAUGCAGUGGCCUUUGGUUUUAUUAUUUCUUUUUCCAAUAAAAGGACUUGCCCAGCUUGA